CUCAUAUUUACCUGCCCGUCCUCCCUCUAUCCCGAGGUUUCUCUCACUCACCUACGAAAUCUUCAACGGAAUAUUCAUAACCUCUUUACAUACCUCUCUAUCCAACAUCUUAUCACCAUGAUGCCCUCACUCUUAGGGGCCAGUAUGCCUCAUAUGCCGCCUCAGAGCUACUCUACGGGUCCAACUUUUGAUGAACUAUCCCGGCAGUUCGCUUUUUCCGAUUCUAUGCGAAGGAUAUCUCGUGGUUCGACUGGGCAGCGGACGCCGGGAGCUAUGCGUAUUGUCAAGCCGAGUAGUGCCAACAAUAGUCCGCAAGCCAUGAUGGCACGGCGGAGGACUAUGAUGAACGACGGCAACCUUGCUCAGCGUCGUCAACAGGCCCUGAACCAGGCCGUUAUGCAGCAGAUGCAGCAAGACUGCACACCCUAUUCGGCACCAGAGGAUCCCAUCAAGAGGAAUAACCGGCCAGUUAGUUGGCAUCCGACUUCACAUCUCCAGCAGCCACAAAUGCAUAUACCUAUGCCACAGCCGGAUUUCUCCCAAUACGUCGUCCCAGCACCAAUGUCAUAUCAGCAGACAGACAUAUAUUCCGGGUACCAUCUACCACCAACUCCGGCGGUAUAUUCCGGCCAAACCUCGCCUAUAUCCAGCAUGUCACCGCUAUGUUUACCAUACGCGGAAUCUUCUCAAACUCAUCCUACACCAGCUUACAUAUCACAUGAUGUGUGGAACCCUACGCCGCAGUUUAUUCCUAAUUAUACAGUAAACUCGAGCCCCGGCGAGUUGGAACCAUUUCCGUCUUUUGACGGUCAAACUUCAUUCAACUGGGAUAAUACCCUUGGCGCUCAUGACUUCCAUUCUUGCACGGCCCCUCCAACGCCGGACGAGUUCCAGCCCGUGCAACAACCACAACCCAUGGUUACUCCUGAGGAGUCCAUACCGUAUCAAUCGCUUGAGGAGUCAGAGGAAGAAGGAGAAAUAUUAGUGGGCAUGGGACUAUACGAUCCGCCAAGCAAGACGGAUGAAGAUCCGAGCUUAGACAACUACCGAAUGACAACAUCACAAUUACUAGACACGACCUAUAGAGGACGAGGCCGCGGAUGGAAACUAGAAGAAGCUUGGGAACCGCCAGCAUCAGAUGAUGAAGAGGGAGAUGACGAAGAAGAAAACGAAGAAGACGAAGGAGAGAAAGAAUAAGCUAUAGAGCGAACCUCAACCGAACAAAACUGGAUAUAAUAAAUCCAGCAUUGAUUUCCGGGACAAUUAUCUACAACUCCAUCCGGAAAUGAGUGAGGAAAUGGCAAAGGAAUUUUGUGCCUGGUAAAAGGACAUGCAUAUCAUGCAUAGAAGAUUUGUAAAAGAUACCAAUAGCUAGAACAAGACUAGUGUAGUUAUGAAGCACUUAGCUCUGACAGUUCGAAAAAAAAAAUCAAGAAAAUACUUGAGAAUCUCGAUUCACUGCAAGCAUAAUAAGAACCAGUGACAUGUCAUUUGUGACGAC